AUGCAUGACAAUCCCAACCGAGUUAAUAAUGAGGCCUACGGGUGGCAUUUCCAGUACUUGACCGUGAUUGGUCUCGCCUUGUCGACUAUCACCUUUGCUAUCGGCCUUCUGGCAGAUGUGACUUUGUCUCCUCGCCUGUUCCUAGUCAAGAAUCUCUUGUCGAUAUGUUGUGCUCCCAUGGAAGUACUCAUCAGUAUUCUGUACUGGGGUCUUCGUAUAAUCGACAAGCAACUCGUCGUACCGGAUUGGGCCUAUCUCCCAAUGCAUGCUGAUAUUGGUUUCCAUGCCGUCCCUUCCAUGGUUUUGUUGAUUGAUCUUCUCUUCCUCUCGCCCCCAUGGACAAUCACUAUUCUCCCAGCCUUGGGCCUCUCUAGCGCAAUCGCUUUUGGAUACUGGUUUUGGAUUGAGCGGUGCUACAAACACAACGGCUGGUAUCCCUAUCCCAUCUUCGAGCAAGUGCCUUUCGAAGGUCGAGUGGGACUCUUCGCGCUCAGUGCUGUCGUCAUGGCGCUGAGUACUGCAACUCUGAAAUGGCUCUAUGGGCGCAUCAAUGGCUUUGGGACAGCGACGAGACCCCGUUCUCAUCCCGCUGCUCUGAAGCAGAAUGGUAUCCAUUGA